AUGCAGACACUCACCACCGUAAUAGGCCCCUUAAUAGAUAAAGAGCAUUCAUUAUGCUUGAAAUCUACAAAGAGCGCAGAAGAAUGGUCCAUCUACGUUAAGGGAGCAUCUGAAUUAUACGCACUCCAUAUCCCGAAGGGCAACACACUUGAAGAGCCGAUAUUGAAAGGUAGGAAGGGCGGCGAGCCCGUGUCCCGUAUUGAGAUGGUGCACCUCACGGUAGCAGGUGCACAGCAGUUCCGAUAUCAGGUGUGGCCGAUAGAUAAGAUACAUGAGUGGAUCGAGAAAUUUGGUCUGCAUUCAUUGAUUCGGCCAAGCUCUGUGAAACCCAAAAAGAGUACACAACAGGUGACAGAGUCAGCCUCCAAAUCAGAACUUACUAUACAGGGCAAAUCUAGACAAGAGACAGGGAAACAGAUGGACUCGACAAAAGCGAUAGCGAAGCAGGAAAGGGCAAAGGAAGAGGAAGACGAAGUGGAAAAUGGCGGACAUGAGGCCUGUGGUUUGAGAAACAUCAAACAGACGGCAGCCAUGCAGACGAGUUCGAUACAAGAAAAUGCCGUUCAUAAGGAGACGAACAAAGUGAAUUUGGCUAUAAAGGAUGAAACUAGGAAAGCUAAGCGCAAAGAGAAGAAACAGAGAAUCGAGCCGUCGGAAAAAACAAAGGCUAGACAACCGGCGGCAAAGGACCAGACGACGAGGCAAGUACUGACCGAAGAGAAAAUGCUUGGGAGAAAAGUGGCGAGUCUUGAGAGGGCAGCAGCCCAGAUUAUACCAUUUCCAAGCGAGGUCACGAAGUCAAGAAAAGUAAAGAUCUUAACAUCGAGAAAUCGUGUCGUCGUCUGUAAAUACUAG